AUGGGUCGACCACGCACUAGAAAGGAAUAUGCAGAUGAGGAGAUUCCUCGGAAUGUCCCACCCUUGGCAAGCGCACCACCUCGAUCCAUGUUCGACCCAGAAGCUGGUAGUGCUUACUUUGUGCCUCCUUCGGCACCCCCACCGCAAGCAAAUCAAGUAGCAGAUAUGUUCACCAUGAUGGGUAACCUUCUAAGGAACACCAGCACCGGCUCGUUCAGCCAAAAUACGACCCCCGUGCCCAACAGUACUUACGGCCUGCAAAGAGAUUUGCCACAAUCCUUCGCUCACAGUGGUUAUCCAACCAACAACAUGUGGUCUGCACAGGGAGAUGCAAACUUUCCAUCAUACAAUUCCGGUUAUGGAAGUGACAUAGUGGAUUUGUCACCCGACACCAUGUAUACGCCUGCUCACCGACAGCCGCUGAGUACUCAAAAUUUGGAUUAUUUCCCUGGCGUAAGAGGUUAUGGGAACCAACCUGGUACUCCUACUCAAGGUAUUCAACCGAUGUCAUAUGGUGAUGUGGCUAUCCGCUCUGCUGGCAGCUCAAGGCCUCUUCGUCCUGCCGUCGGGGCUGAUGACCAAAACGUUCGAUAUAAACCAUAUUCAAGGGCUCAGUCCACAACAUCCAGCAAUCGAGGUGGGUCCAAAAGUAGUGGGAAGGACCAAUUGACCAUCAUCUUCACUGAUCCAAGUGGGAGUAAGAAAAAUCCUGGUCCCAUCCACAUCAAUGGUAGAAGGAAGUCCGAUUGGGACCGCUUGCAAGAUGAGAUUGACAUGAUCGUUGGUCGUUCCAGAGCGGUAUUCAGCACUGAAUUCCCCCAUCGAUCGGAGAGUGAAGCACCUCCAUCAUCAUGGGGAGCCAUCGAGUAUCAUUACGAAGGUAAGACUUCGGCUUCAGCAGAUUUAUCAAGAGGGCUAGUCAGACCAGAUGAUGUACCAAGGAUGAAGGGAGUAUACCAAGAAGCCAUUCUACUGGGCAAAAGAAUCGAAAGCGGUCCAAAAAGAGAUAGAAGAUCUAGAGAUGCCCAUUCAAGUACAGUCGGUAGAUCUCAAGGGCUCGCCACUGAUACUGUCCAAGCAUGGGCCUCUGGCAUACCUACUACAACUAGCCAAAGUACCCCGUCAAUCUCAUCGAUCCCUGAAGGUGCAACAAACUCACAAGGGGAUGCUUACUCUCAGGCUGAAAGUGAGACUGGCACUCCAAGACCCAAGUUUACCGUUUUAGAAGGUGCCAUCAGACCGAUGAGUCUAGAUGAGAAGUACGAUGAUGACUAG